ACAACGAUGUUUAUUCCUAGCAUAGGCAUGAUAUUCAACAGUUUCUAUAUACAACUGGGAAUGAGCUCCACCGAUAUACAAGUGCACAACGGCGUGAACUCCAUAUCUAUCGCUGUUGGAGGUUUCUUGUCAGGACCAUUGAUGAAGGUUGUUAGUUUACGAAAAUUAUCAUUUUUCGGCGCGACGUCUGCGACUCUGGGUGUGUUUGGAGUAGUUUUCGUCAACUCAUACGCCAUGUUCAUUUUGUGUCAAGGUAUACUUAUGGGUACAGGAACCGGCGUGCUGUACAACGUGGCUUGUACCGCGAUAAACGAUUACUUUCUGGAGAAGCGGUUCAUGAUGACAAGUCUCGCUCAGGCUAUUUCUGCCAUAGCAGCUAUCGUAGCUCCAUUAGCCAUUCACUGGACGGCCGAGAACUACGGGUACCGAGCCACGAUCAUACUUAUGGCUGGCGUGUACCUACAAACAUUAGUUGGUUCCGCGUUGCAACAGCCAGUGAAAUGGCAUUUGAAGAGGGUGCCUGUCAGUCCUGAAACUGAAAAGCUAUUGAAUGAGAAAAAUAACUGCGAGGUAGAAACUAACAUGGAACCAUUCCAUGUUACAGAGAUAAAUAUUGACCGGAUAGCAACAGCGAAAAACGACGGUGUUCUAGAGUAUAUCAAAGAUGUGUUCGACUGGCCAUUCCUAAAACAGUUCCUGCGAACCUGCGCGUGCGUCGGUGCGCCGCUCGGGCUCAUUUCCGAUGUCAUGUUCACCCUGUUCGUACCUCAAGCGCUCUAUGCGAGGGAUUGGAAAGAAGGUGAAGUAGCGUGGGCAUUAGCACUGUUAAGUUUCGGAGAUAUUUCAACAAGGAUAUUAUUAAUAGUGGCGAGCGCUUGGUUGAAGAAAAUAGGCAACAAUAUUAUUUUCAUAUUCGGGAUGGGGUUGGACGUAGCAUUGAAAUUCGUCUUCCUCUGGUUCCCACACCCAACCGUGGCUUACAUGACCCUGACCUUGACUGGUUGUUCCCGCUGUCUCCUCAUCGUUCUGUUCUCACUGGUCAUCUCCGACGCUGUCCCACCGGAGAAGUACGGGAUAGCAUUUGGCGUGUCAGUUCUGAUGUAUGGCACGUUUGGUAUGACCCUAGGUCCAGCUAUAGGUGCAGUACGAGACGCUACAGGAAACUACGCUUCAAUGUUCUACCUGCUCAUCGGUGUCAUGUCUGUAGUCACUGUAGCUUGGUGCAUCGAGCUCUACCGCGGGAAAAACUCAGUGAACAAAUCAUCAUCGCUAUCACAACCACCCAGAGAUGUUCAUUAA